AUGAAAAACGAUAACGAUGCAUUCUUUGUAGUGCGAAAGGGAGAUGUUGUUGGUGUUUACAAGAGCUUUGCUGAUUGUCAGGCCCAAGUUGGAUCCUUGUGGAUAUGUGAUCCUCCUGUCAGUGUAUACAAAGGCUACUCUUUGGCAAAGGACACUGAGGAAUAUCUCUCCUCCUGCGGGCUUAAGAAUGCCCUCUACACUAUUAAAGCUGCAGAUGUGACAGAGGAUCUUUUCGGAGCACUUAUUCCCUGCACUUUCCAGGAACCAGCUUCUUCCAGGUGUGAAGCAUCUCAGAAUGAUGCGACCAAAAAGAGAUCACAGGAUUUGUUUGAAUCAGAGCAUGGGGUAGGUUGGCAGUUGGGAAUGGGAGCACUUGGUUCAGUAGCUGUAGCUGAUCAUGUGAGAAAGCAUAUCAAGUUGGAUCGUCAUGCUCAGGCUCUGAUGCCUGAACUUAUGUAUUUAUGGCAGCAGUCCUGUAUUCUUGAGUUUGAUGGUUCAUCAAAAGGAAAUCCUGGACCAGCUGGUGCAGGAGCUGUGUUGAGAACUGAUGCUGGAAAUGUGAUUUGCAAAUUGCGUGAGGGUUUGGGCAUAGCAACAUGUAAUGCUGCUGAAUAUCGUGCCAUAAUUUUAGGGUUGAAACAUGCUCUUAAAAAAGGUUAUACAAGCAUUUCUGUUAAAGGUGACUCAAAGCUCGUUUGUAUGCAGAUACAGGGUUUAUGGAGAGUCAAACAUGAGCACAUGUCUGAGUUGUGUGAGCAAGCACUGAAACUGAAAAAUAAUUUUCUUUCAUUCCAGAUCAAUCAUAUUUUAAGGAAAUUGAAUGCCGAGGCUGAUGCUCAAGCCAACUUGGCUGUCAAACUUGCUGGUGAGGCUUGCAGGAUAUGGUUUAACAUUUCUGCAGUUUUAUUUUUAAUCAAUUUAUUUCUGGAUGUUUAUGAGAUCUUUCUACUGUUGCAGAAGGUCAAAUCCAGGAGGAAUUAGCCUAAGAAAUUGAUUGCAGGCAGACUUUUUUUGGGUUUGUUCUAGAAUACGUUUAUAAAGAACGAGUCAAGGAUUUUGUUACUCGGGCUAAAGUUUGUUCCUGUGCUGGUGCAAAGUUUUUAGAAUUUUUAACCCCUGAUGAUCAUAUGAUCGUUGGCCUUCAAGCUCGUGUUGAACAAAAUAUGAAUGCCAUUUUUCUUUAUGGCAAAGGCAUGUCAACGACAGCUGAAAUCGACUGAAAUUUGCCAGAUUGGCUUCAAAUGGCAUAUAUUUUGGUUUUAUUUUAGCCAUAUUCAACGCAUAAUUGAGGGACCUAAUAUCAUCCGCCGGGCAGUGAAUGCCUCUUGAGACUAUUUUUAUGGCAUAGAUUUUUCUUUACUCCAGGUAUUGUUUUGCAUCUUCUUUCACUAGGCAAGUAAUUCCAUUUUAUCCUAAUAU